GUUAUUGUGUGUUAACCAUCUGUAUGUUAUACACAAGAUUAUGUAUUUUUAUUUGAAAAGCAAUGUGAUGAAGAAAGGAUUUUUGUGAAUAUUUUGCUUGUAAAAAUGGAAUAACAUUCUCAAGAUGUAACAAAUGAAAAUUGAGAGCUUUCUACAGAGGGAAUGAUUGAUUACUUUUAAAAGGGGUGUGUGUGUGUGUGGAAACUUCAUACAGAAAAUGGCGACCUUACCGUUGGGACACCAGGCAGCUGCGGCCUUGCUUGAUUUCAACCAAAAGUUGGACAUAAAUCUGUUGGACAGUGUAGUCGUGAGUAUGUAUGCAGGCAAUGGAGAAACACAAAAGAUGGCCCAGGAAGUGUUGACUACCCUGAAGGAACAUCCAGAUGCAUGGACUCGGGUAGACACUAUUUUAGAAUUUUCGAAUAACCAACAAACGAAAUUCUUCGCGCUUCAAAUACUGGAACAGGUGAUCAAGACUCGAUGGAAAAUCCUACCACGCAAUCAAUGUGAAGGCAUUAAAAAGUACAUUGUGUCAUUGAUCAUCAAGACUAGUAGUGAUCCACAAUCUUUGGAAGCGAACAAGACAUACUUGAACAAGCUGAAUAUGAUACUGGUGCAGGUACUGAAACGAGAGUGGCCUAAGAACUGGGAAAGUUUCAUACCCGAUAUUGUUGGCGCGAGUAAAACGAACGAGAGUCUCUGCCAGAACAAUAUGAUAAUUUUGAAACUGCUCAGUGAGGAACUGUUCGAUUUUUCAGCUGGACAAAUUACACAGACCAAAGCCAAACACUUGAAGGACACAAUGUGUUCCGAGUUUUCGGCUAUUUUUCAUUUAUGUCAGUUUGUACUAGAAAAUUCACAGAACCCGCCGUUAGUCAAUGCGACGCUGGAAACGCUGUUGCGGUUUCUUAACUGGAUUCCGCUUGGCUACAUAUUUGAGACCAAAUUGAUAAACACAUUGACAUUCAAGUUUUUGCCUGUGCCAAUGUUCCGGAAUGUCACCCUCAAGUGUCUGACUGAGAUCGCGGGCGUAACGGUGACGAAUUAUGCGGACAUGUUCCUGAGCCUAUUCAGCCAGACAAUGGGGCAAUUGGAAGCGAUGUUGCCAUUGAGCACCGACAUCAAGAACGCGUAUGCAUGUGGCCAGGAUCAGGAACAAAAUUUCAUACAGAAUUUGGCAUUGUUCCUGUGCACAUUCUUGAAGGAGCAUGCGAGCAUUGCAGAGGGUCAGGUUGAGUUGCUGAGAAAUGCAUUGCGGUAUCUCGUACUCAUCUCUGAAGUAGACGAGGUGGAAAUUUUUAAGAUAUGCCUUGAGUAUUGGAAUAGCCUGGCCUCCGAACUAUACAAGGAUGCGGAGCUUCAACACAUGGUCGGAACGCCCUUAUUUUUUCCCAGUUCUCGCCGCGCCCUCUACCAGGAGGUUUUGAAUAAGGUUCGUUACAUCAUGAUUUCGCGCAUGGCCAAACCGGAAGAGGUGCUCGUGGUAGAAAACGACAACGGCGAGGUCGUUCGGGAAUUCAUGAAGGACACCGACUCCAUCAACCUGUACAAAAACAUGAGGGAGACCCUGGUCUACCUGACGCAUUUAGACUAUACAAAUACCGAACGGAUAAUGACCACGAAACUCCAAAACCAGGUAGACGGUACCGAAUGGUCGUGGAAAAACCUCAACACGCUGUGCUGGGCCAUCGGUAGUAUAUCAGGGGCCAUGCACGAGGAGGACGAGAAACGAUUCCUCGUGACAGUGAUCAAGGACCUGCUGCUUCUCUGCGAGCACAAACGCGGCAAAGACAAUAAGGCUAUCAUAGCCUCAAACAUUAUGUACGUGGUCGGACAGUAUCCGAGGUUUUUGCGCGCGCACUGGAAGUUCCUGAAGACGGUCGUUAACAAACUGUUUGAGUUUAUGCACGAAACGCACGACGGGGUUCAAGAUAUGGCAUGCGACACCUUCAUCAAAAUAGCACUGAAGUGCAGGCGGCACUUCGUCACCACGCAGAUCGGCGAAUCGUGUCCGUUCAUCGAGGACAUUCUUGCGUCGAUGUCGACGAUUAUUUGCGAUCUCCAGCAGCAGCAGGUUCACACGUUUUAUGAGGCGGUGGGCUAUAUGAUUUCGGCGCAGGUGGACCAGGCCACGCAAGAGGCGUUGAUAGAGAAGUAUAUGUUGUUACCAAAUCAGGUGUGGGACGACAUUAUUAGCCAAGCUAGUAAAAACGUCGACAUUUUAAAAGAAAUCGAGGUGGUGAAACAGUUAGCGAGCAUUUUAAAAACGAACGUUAGGGCCUGUAAGGCCCUAAACCACGCCUAUGUACUUCAGCUAGGUCGAAUUUAUUUAGAUAUGUUAAAUGUGUAUAAGGUUAUGUCUGAGAAUAUAACGGCAGCUAUCACACUAAACGGCGAGGGCGUGACAAAACAACCCUUGAUCAAGUCAAUGCGAGUCGUCAAAAAGGAAACCCUGAAGCUGAUCGCCGAUUGGAUAUCGAGAUCAAACGAUAAUUCGAUGGUACUGGAGAAUUUCAUCCCGCCUUUUCUGGAUGCGGUACUACUUGACUACCAGAGAACGGCGGUGCCGUGCGCUCGCGAGCCCGAAGUGCUCAGUGCAAUCGCCACAAUCGUCAAUAAGCUACAAUUUCAUAUAACCAUUGAAGUACCGAAAAUCUUCGAUGCCGUUUUCGAGUGCACGCUCGACAUGAUCAACAAAGACUUUGAAGAGUACCCGGAGCACCGCACCAAUUUCUUCCUGCUCCUCCAAGCGGUUAACAACUAUUGCUUCGCAGCGUUCCUUAACAUACCGCCCGCUCAGUUCAAGCUGGUUCUCGACAGUAUCAUUUGGGCGUUCAAGCACACGAUGAGGAACGUCGCCGAUACCGGCCUCCAGAUCCUCCUCAAGCUACUGCAGAAUGUGGAACAACACGAGGCGGCUGCGCCCAGCUUCUACCGGACAUACCUGACUGACAUACUGCAGCACGUGUUCUCAGUGGUAACGGACACGUCGCACACUGCUGGCUUGUCCAUGCACGCCACCAUUCUCGCCUAUAUAUUCUCUCUGGUAGAGUCGGGGCGGGUCAACUGCCAGUUAGGCCCAGCUCCUGACAACGUCCUCUAUGUAAAGGAGUUCACCGCGUCGUUGCUGCGAACGGCAUUCUCCCACCUCACCGAUAACCAAAUCAAAAUCAUGGUCCAAGGCAUGUUUAAUCUCGAUCAGGACAUACCGGCGUUCAAGGAACACCUGCGGGACUUUUUAGUUCAAAUUCGGGAAUAUACGGGCGAGGACGAUACCGAUUUGUUCCUGGAGGAGCGGGAAAAGGCGCUUCAAAUGGCGCAGGAAGAAAAGCGGCGCGUGCAACUGUCCGUGCCGGGCAUUCUAAAUCCCCACGAAGUACCGGAGGAGAUGCAAGAUUAACCCCGGCUCGUUUGCGAAUAUUAGAAGAGAAGAAGAACUAUAAAGUGAAUAUUUCAUUUGAGAUCGAUAUUUUUCUAUUGGUAUCAUCUUUAAAAAAAAAAUAAUCGCGAGGAGCGCGCCCGCGGAAUUGUGAUCGACGAAUCGGGGGUGGGGUGAAGACAAACUCGCCAAGGUUCGCGUUUUAUCUGAACAGCAACAGCAAAAACAACUUUUUGUGUUAUUUAAGGAUUUUGUAUAGAAUACAUGUUAAGUUAAUUUUGAAAUAAAACUGUUUGCCUAAUG